CCAAAGCUUUCGACCGCCCCCCUUCGUUUCCAAAGCUCCAGCGCUCUCAGAAAUAUAGCCGCCUGCAUUGCCGGCCCUGGACAUUUGCGCGCUAUUUGAUUCGACGUCACCCUACCAUACCAACUGUCGAGCGCCUGGCAGAACAAAGCUAGAUACGUUGCCCGCUACACUUCGCUUGUCGUUCUAGAGCGUCGAAGAGACUUGGGGUGUGGCACUGACGUCCCAGCUAUAAGAGAUUUCCGGUAUAUACCUUCGCAUCCCUCUUGCGAUCAUGUCUACUGCAGUCGCGCCUGCCACAGCUGCUCCAUUAGUAUCUUCGCACAUGAAUCGCGAUCCGAGCCCCAAAAAUUGCCCAACUUUGGCACCCACACCUGGUAGCCAGGCUACUUCCACGCCGCCUCGGCCUUUGGGGCCAUCUCGGGAUGAGUCGUCCUCAAAGAGUUCGCCUUCAGGAAGAAAACACACUUCGCCUUCGUCGCAGAACGGAAGUAAUGCCCCAAAGGUUAUCGUCAAGAAAGAGCCCCCAUCCUCGCCUGCAAUGCAGAGUCACUCUCGGCCUCGACCUCGGAGAUUAGACUUGUCAACGAGUCUUCCAACUUCCGGGGGCCUAUCAGCUCGCGCUCCCGGUGGUCCUAUGACGGCCCGGGAGGGUGUCAAUAUGCAGGAGGUCGGAAUCGCUUGCCUGUCGCCGGGUUUUCAGACACAUGAUCCAAUUAUGAGAGAGCAGUUGCAAAGAAGUCUGUCGGUGAGAGACCAACAGAGGUCAAUAAUUGAAUCACGAUUGCAAAGGUCAGCCAAGGACGAUGGUCCAGAGGGGAUCAGACCAUCGGAAUCCUCCUUCGGUCUCCCCAAGAUUACUUCUUCGAAACGGAGACCUCCAGGCCUGUCGAUCGUCCCACCGUCUGCAGCGCAAUUUGCCAACGAGCGUGUUAUUCAAUCCGCACCCUUGCACCAGACCUUUACUGGCAGACACCAACCCCAGCCAUUGACGCGCCAUGUUGCCAAUCAAAGCCCUACACUAGCCUCAACUUCCCAUGUUCAUCAUGUCCCUGCUACCCAAACGAACAAUCGACUUCCUCCCAUUUCCGAUGUGUUCGGCUCGGAUGCUUUGGGCUCCCGGGAAAGGGAUGCGACCCGCGCGCCAUUCUACCAGAAUACAUCCAACUCUAGUUCUUCUCAGUCAAACAACUUGCCGCCGUUACCGUCUCCUAGGAUCCAGGGAACCGCGGCGCAAGCUCCUAAGCGGCCCCGAGAAUACCGUUCGGCAGAGGAAGCUGUUCAAGAACUGUCGGGUGGGCGGGAAGACCUGUUACCACGUAUUGUGCACUAUGGAGGUCACCAGCCUCCAACUCCGCCAUCGCCACGUGUCGUCAAUGGUCAGCCCAAGUCUGCUGCAAUCCAUUCGGAAGCGGCACCAAUGGCCAGUACACAGGCUCCCCCCUCCCAACCCAUGUAUCCAUCCGAGAGAACCGCUCGUCGGCGCACUAGGAGUGAGUACGAGCAAGAUAACGGAAGCCCCCCCUUAGGCCACGGUCCCGAAACAUACUACCGGCCAAAUCCAGCGUUGGCACCUGGGGCUGGCACCGGUUAUGGCCCAUUCGGGGCCGGACGAGAUUCCCCGGAGACCCAACGGAGAAAGAAAGAGGAAUUUUUAGGCCUAUGUGCUAGAGCAUGGGAUCUGUUCCACUCUUAAUUAUUCGGUUUAUCACAGCUAGCUUCCGUACUCUAUGACCUCGUCCAAUUAUAAUCCACGCCUAGCGGGCUUGAACUGGAAACCCUUUUCUCUUAACUUUACUCUGU